UGACGGACCCUCAUGGUCGGUGGGCGGACACACGACCUGUGCAGCAAGUGUGAACUUGAGACCGCAUCUCCACAGCAGAAGAUUCAGCCAGCUGACAGGCUCUGCAGGGGACUCUCUUUGCCAUCUGCACCUUGGGAGCUGCAGCGGGCCCCCUUUUAUUUCUCCCGAAGCUUGCCCGUGUUGAUACCAAAUACCCUUUCAGGGAAUUUUCAGGAUUGGGGGGCAGUUUUUUCCCCUAUGUCAAUCAUCACUAAGAAAGAAAAUAUUUCAGUGAAAAUGAUGGAGGAUCACUUGACAAAGAUACCCAUGGCACCGUCAUGUUCGCCCACUGGGUCCACUGGGAGCGGAGGGACGGAUGACAGCAGAGGAGCCAAGAGUCCGGCCCCUGGCAAAGCUCUGAGCCCCGCUCUGGUCUGCAAAGUUUGCGGGGACACCAGCAGUGGAAAACACUAUGGCAUCUAUGCCUGCAAUGGUUGCAGUGGCUUCUUCAAGCGCAGUGUGAGAAGGAGACUUAUUUACAGGUGUCAGGCGGGCACGGGCAUGUGUCCAGUGGACAAAGCUCAUCGCAACCAGUGCCAGGCGUGUCGGCUGAAGAAGUGCCUACAGGCAGGCAUGAAUAAAGAUGCUGUGCAGAAUGAGCGUCAGCCCCGCAGCACCGCUCAGGUGCGUCUGGACUCCAUCGACGUGGACCAUGAGAAGGAGCACCUGGCCACCACACGAGAGCCCACCUCCUCCUCCUCCUCUUCCUCCUCUUCAAGUGGCUCUGUUAUCACGUGGCCCCACAUCACAUCAUCGAUAGCUAUCACCUCCUCCGUACCCCCCCAACGCUGCGUCAGCCCCCAGAACAACCAUCGCUUCAUGGCCAGCCUAAUGACUGCCGAGACUUGUGCCAAGCUAGAACCUGAGGAUGUUGAUGAAAACAUUGACGUGACCAGCAACGAGCCAGAGCGAGCGUCUUCCGAGUAUCACAUGGCACUUUACCCGUCUGCCUCAGAAAAUGUUUACGAGACCUCUGCGAGGCUCCUCUUCAUGUCAGUGAAGUGGGCCAAGAACCUGCCGGUGUUUUCCAACCUGCCCUUCAGAGACCAGGUGAUUCUACUGGAGGAGGCGUGGAGUGAGCUUUUCCUCUUGUGCGCAAUCCAAUGGUCUCUACCGUUGGACAGUUGUCCCUUACUCUCCCUGCCCGACCUGUCCCCUGGCAUGCAAGGCAAGACCAGCUACACGAGCCUUGACCUGAGACUCCUGCAGGAGGUCUUCAGUCGCUUUAAAGCCCUCGCUGUCGACCCCACAGAGUUUGCCUGUCUCAAAGCCAUUGUACUCUUUAAGCCUGAGACACGUGGUCUAAAAGACCCAGAGCAAGUGGAGAAUCUUCAGGAUCAGUCACAUGUGAUGCUAGGACAACAUAUCCGCUCUCACUACCCCAGUCAACACGCAAGGUUUGGAAAGCUGCUACUUAUUCUUCCGUCCCUGCGUUUUGUGAAUUCCGAACGCAUUGAGCUGCUGUUUUUCCACAGGACCAUUGGAAAUACUCCUAUGGAGAAACUACUGUGCGACAUGUUUAAAAACUAACUCUGCUAACUUCAAAAAAUAUUUUGCUGUCUUCAAUUUGCAACCGCUAUUCAGGAAAGGUAAAUGACAGAAUGCUGCAUUAAUUACUGAUUUCAUAUUAAUUUUAACGUCACUCUGUAAUACUGGUCUUGUUACACACGGUUCCUCUGUUCAUUCCAUCAUGCUUGCUGUUGCUUGUACUGUUUAUUAUUGAGAAUUUGAUCUCUGUGUUAAGCAACUCUAUAUCAGAGUCAUCUGCUCGUAUUAUUGUUUUUGUCUUCCAUCAAAAUUUUUUAAAAUUGCACACAUAUAUUUGAUUGGUUGAUAGUUCUCAUGUACUAUAUUCGAUACUGUUGUUACAGUGAGUGUGUAUUCAUGUUGUCAUGCCUUGGUAAAGAAACAGGAAAAAAAAUCAAUUUUGUUUCUCAUUUCCUGGCGUCGUUUAGUAAUUUUAUCAGAACAUCAUGCAUUAUUUAUCAUAACCGAAAAAAUGGUUAAUCCAAGGAAGGGUUGUUUUCGAAAAUUCACAUUGUUUUUUAUUGUGUUUAUUUUUAAAACAGUCAUGUAUUAAAAAAUAUACAAUAUUUUCAUUUGUUAUACCUUUCAUUAAUUAAUUGUCAUUAUAUGCUGUACAGUAAGGAGAUUAUUGCUAAAGAAAAAAAAUUACAAUAAGUAGCAAGCUAUAUAGUUCCUUGUUUUCUCCUUAACUUCAGUGCAACAUUAUGAUCCAUUUUGUAAAGUAAACUUGGCCAUCAGAUGCGAAAGAUUUUUUUAUUCCAGCUCAUUUUGUUCAUUAGUUUUGUUUAAUGCUCAUAUUCAUUAAACUGAAACCUAUUCGAGAUGACUUUUGGCCAGAGGCACAGGACAACGGGAAUGAUAGACAAAUCAUUUACAUUUACUUUGACACCUAUGGACAUAAGCCAAAGUACCCUCAGCAAACCCACAUUUGCUUACAGGGAAGUUGGAAACUCCACACAGGCGGUUGCCUUAACCAAUAUUUGAACACUAGAAGUCUGAACUGUGAGGCAGAGGUUCAAACACCUAAUACUGAAAUGCAGUGAAACAAUUUCAACAGCCAAAUUUUAAAUACUUACGUGUUUUAAGUAGGGCUGUCAAACGAUUAAAAUUUUUAAUCGAGUUAAUCACAGCUUAAAAAUUAAUUAAUCGUAAAUAAUCACAAUUCAAACCAUCUCUAAAAUAUGCCAGAUUUUUCUGUAAAUUAUUGUUGGAAUGGAAAGAUAAGACACAAGACGGACAAACAUUCAACAUACUGUACAUAAGUACUGUAUUUGUUUAUUAUAACAAUAAAUCCACAAGAUGGCAUUAACAUUUUUAACAUUCUUUCUGUUAAAGGGAUCCAAUGAUAGAAAGACUUGUAGUUCUUAAAAGAUAAUUUUGAGUACAAGUUAUAGUAAUUUUAUAUUAAAAUCCCUCUUAAUGUUUUCGUUUUAAUAAAAUUUGUAAAAAUUUCAAUCAAAAAAUAAACUAAUACUGUAGCUCGCCAUUGUUGAUGUCACCGAGCGGAACGUCACAUGGGCUCCCUGCCGUUCUUCCACAGUGUCUUUAACUACGUAAGGUAGAGAUUGGAAUACACCACAAGGUGUCAAUGGCGAGUUUUAAAUUAGAGAUCUAGCCAAGGCAAAGUCUGAGUAAGUUUUAUGUGUAUUUUGUAUAGCUAUUUUGAUUGGGAAUGCCAGUUCUCGUUGCAAUGAGUGCUUUUCUUUUUGUGAACAUUAUUUUUUUGAGAGAUAGGAAUAUUAUUUUGAUUGUGCUUUCACUAAAUGAUACUGUAGUGACUUAACUGUUCCACACAAAUGCAUUAUGGGACUGUCAGUGGUGGCUGCAAAUGGUAUACAGUAUGAUCUGCGUUGUGUUUGAUUAAGCGUGUAAGAAAAAGAUCGUGUCCUGUCAUUCUUCCCCACCUUGUUCGCCACAAAACUUAUAUGUGUUGUGAAAGAGUUGCCAAAGCUUAAGCAGAUAA